GGGGCGGAGGGGCGCGAAGUUGGAGCGCUUGCGGGCGCGUUGGUAUCAGAGGUGGAUGUCGGCUCCGCGGCAGGUUGUGGUGUAUGUGGAGCAGAUGAACGGAGGGCAUUGAAAUCCUGCUCAAUCAGUCAAAUGGGAGGCACUGGGUGUCGCCAGUGCUUUCGUUACGAUGACUGCCUUAGCCUGAGCUUGCGGUUGUUCAGCUAGUCCAGAACCUAGAGUCGUUUGGUUGUGAAGGCGGUUUUGCUGUUGUGCAUGCGGAAUGCAUAUAUUCCGCUGCAGUGCUGAGUUUUGGUUUUGAACUGUGGACCUGCAUUGUGCUUGGAAGACACCCUGUGGGCCUGUGGGUAAUAGGCCGUGUGGACAAGGAGAAGAUGGGAAAAUGAUUCAUUAUCCUGUGGGAUUAUGUGUAAGGCAGUGCUGAUGGCAGCCAAGGAACAUCUUUCAAUCUCUAACAUGGCAGCCGGCAGGAGUCAAGCUCCAUCAUUAUGGACUUCAAAUGUCUGCUAUCGAUUUGGGAGCAAGUCUUCUGCUGUCCUUUGUAGUCUUUUCCACACUCCUUUGUUCCAAGUGUCCAGGAACCGGCACUGGUACCCUACGCUACUACUGGCAAGCUUUGUACUAUUACUCUCCCAUUCUAUUUCUGCCGAGGUGCGUCCGAGGAAUAAUGCCAACGUUCAGGGCAGUGUCCCAGGAGGGUCUGUCCUCUAUCCUGGUGAUGGCGAGUGGCCAUCACCAAAUGAGAACUACGUGAUGAAACUCCGCGAGGAUGGCACUCUUGGGAUAGAGAUGAUGAAAUGGGGGAACGUGACUGUUUGGACAGCGCAGCUUUCGGGGAGGAAUUUGAAAGGUGCAAAGGCCAUUUUUCAAGUCAGCGGCAGCCUGGAAUUGUAUGCAUCUGAUAACCGGCUGCUGUGGAGCACAGGAACAGAUGGUAAUCGAUCGAGUGCAGUCAUGGAAGACGGGGGUAACUUCCGAAUCCAGGCCGAUCAGAAGUAUCUAUGGGAGAGCUUCAAGAACCUGACUGAUACGAUGGUCCAGGGGAUGGUGGUGAAUGACCAGUACGAACUGAGGAAUGGAACGCGGUACUUGGGGUUCCUGGAGGAGGGAAACCUUGCCCUCUUCAAGGUCGGUGUUCGCACACCGUUGUAUGAUAAUCGUAUGGUUUAUUGGUCAACCAAUAUCAAUGCAACGCCGACGGAGUUUAGACUGGACCUGAAUUCAGAGUAUGGCCUUGCAGUUCUGGAUCCGACUUCAAACGGGCAGCUGUGGAGCACGAAGGACCAAAUCGUUUUACCAGACGCUGCUUCGGAGAAGUCUCAGCAGCCUCCUCGGUAUUAUGCAAGUCUAGACAGGACUGGCAAUCUAAAGCUCUGGCGCUGGGUGGGGGCUGAUUCAGUUGGCAGUUGGCAGGUUGUCUGGCGUGCCCUAAGCAAUCUGUGUGAUGCUGCUCCAUGUGGCGAAUAUGAGGUGUGCAAGUCCAACAGUUCGAUGGGCGAUAGCUAUGUGUGCGAUUGCUUGGACGGUUUUGUGAACGACGAGUAUUAUGGGUGUCGCCCACCCAUCACACCACAGUGUUCCCAAAAAGCAGACCAGUUCAGGGAGGUGAUGAAUGUGGGCUUCAUAGGUUAUGAUAUCAACUCGACUUCAGUGACUGACUUUAUGGCAUGCAAGUCUCUCUGCAUGCAGGUGUGCGAUUGCAUGGGAUUCACAUAUAACGAGUCCACCAGGUACUGCGGUCUGAAAAGCAAGAUUGAGAGUGGAAUUCAUGCCCAGGGUAGCAAGACGUAUGUGCGUGUGGGGCGGAGGGACGGCCGUCUUGAUAAAAUGAUUUUUAUAGUGAGUGGUGUAGUACCCGUGGGAACCAUAGUAGUUUUUGCAAUUGCGGUUCUCUGCUGGUGGCGAGUCCGUAAAGCCCUCCGUGCGCGCCACCGGAAUCGUGAACUCGCUCCGUACGGGAAUGACACGGAGAAGGGGAACUUGGAAUCGAGUGUUGAUGAGGAACGCGUGGAGGAACGGGCAACGGUGAUCACUGCCCUAGGCGGGCCUCGGGCCUUUUCCUACCGUCAACUCGAUGCUGCAACCACUGGAUUCAACACGGUUCUAGGAAAAGGUGGGUUCAGCAUUGUUUACCGAGGUGUUUUGCCUGAGGGUACCAUCGUUGCAGUGAAAGUUCUCACUGGGCAUGCUCAGCGAGCAGAGAGUGAGUUUCUCUCGGAGGUGGCGGCCAUUGGCCGGCUGCAGCACUCCAACAUCGUUGCACUUCUGGGCUUCUGCUCUGAGGGAAGUCAUCGUAUGUUAGUCUACGAAUUCAUGGCAAAUGGUGACCUGCAUAACAAGUUGUUUGGGCCAAAACGACCCGGAGCCCAGACGAGUACCACAUUCACUGCCCCUGUUGGACAGAAUUUCAACCAUCAGGCACUAGCAGGCGGAGCACGGGUGACAGCUGUUGACGCCAAUGGCUCGCAUCAGACUGAGAGAACAGUGCCAGCACAGGCCAUGAACCCUCCGAACGCUUCUCCCUGCGACCAGAGUGUGGACAUGAGCUGGGUGCUGGACUGGAAGUCGCGGAAUGAAAUUGCUCUCGGUGUUGCUCGUGGAAUAUCUUACCUGCAUGGGGAGUCACGAAAGCGCAUCAUCCACUGUGACAUCAAGCCGAAGAACAUUCUGUUGGAUGAUAGGAUGGUCCCGCACGUGGCAGAUUUUGGCCUGGCGAGAUCGACUGGGCAAGAUGAGUCCAGGGUGUACACAGACCAUGUACGGGGUACAAUACAUUAUCUGUCCCCUGAGUAUGCCCUCCAUGGAAUACUCACGGAUAAGAGUGAUGUGUAUAGUUUUGGUAUCAUGUUGCUUGAGAUGCUGAGUGGCCGCCGCAACUUGGAAGUCAUUCAUCCUCCAGAAGAGCCCGAUGCCGAUAUUGACGAUCAGCAGCCUACGAUCAUUCACCUACCAAGCAUGGCGUCGUCUUACUGGGAGGAGAUGCGUCCAAGCGAAUUCGCAGACCACCGUCUGGGAGGAAACUUCGUGAAGGAAGAAUUCGAGCGAAUGAUGCAGAUUGGACUUCAAUGCUCCCACAUUGACCCUGCGUUAAGGCCAACGAUGGCAUCCGUCGUGCAGAUGCUGAUGGGUCUAAUUCCGGUUCCAUCAGUCAAUCGGGCAGAGUAUGUGGCAGCUGCAGCAAGUUAUCUCCAGAAUCCUUGGCCUCAGAAUCUCAAGAGGACUUCUGACCCUGGGACAACUAAGCGACCUCGCCAUGGGAAGUCCUCUGGCAGUGCUAAACAUGAUCGGGCGAGCACCGGCAGUAGUCGCGUGGAAAGGUCCAGCUGUAGUGCAAGGACAGACACCUCCUCAUCUGGCAGCGGUGGCACGCCCGAGUUAUCUCCAUCUCUCCUCCAGCCACGGUGAUAACAUGUUGACAGAAGAGGGGAUGACUGGUGACCUUGCUUCCUUGUCGUCCUGAUUGCAAAGUUCUGUGGACCCCAGACAUGUCUAAGUACUGCUCGUUCUUGCCUUUAGGCUGUCAUCUGUACCUGCCAUGACACGCUUUUCGUCACCGCUAGAUUGUGGAGGCAAUGCCGGGGCAGAACAUGAACUUCACAGGUGAUGCCAACUUUUUAUCAUGUCGUUUGAGAGCGACUGCAUGCCUGUGACGGCCCCAGCGGUCAUUCCUGCUUCGAGGCUGCCAUCUGUCCGUGCGCCUACUACAGUAUACGGCUCUUUUCUGUGGGGUUGCAGAGCCAUAGCAAGCUCGUCCUCAAUGCUUGAUUGCGGAGGCAAUGCUUCGGCAGGAAGCAAACUUUGCAGGUGAUGUCAACUUUUUAUCAUGUUGGUUGAGAGUUACCUCAUGCAUGUGUACCUGCUUUGACAAACUUCCUCGCUUGCACGCUGUUUGUGGAUGCCAGCAUGCUGCUUCUCGCCGCUAACUUCUCUCUGGAACCUGACCUAUCCUGUUUUCCUGCAUUUGUCUUUUUCACUCUCCUGGUGUUGUUUUCUACCGCAUCUCAUACCCGACCGAUGUACUGACAUUUUGUAGGAUGAUUGAUCAUCAAUAAUUUCUACCACCAUGAUUUUGGGUUUGUUGGGCCCUCUUCCACCAGCCGUCAGAAUGGGUACCAAAGCUGGCAAGAUUCAAUUAGCAGUCUCAAGCUAUGAAUGCUCUCAGUGCUCGAGGACUUCCUGCAGCCAUGCUAAUAAAUUCUUAUACCUCGGCCUUUUCUUCGUUUGUCCUGCGUCCGCUGAUGGAGCCCCUCCAUUGUUUACCUGAAAAACUCUUCCAACCCGGAUUUUUCAGCUCGUACUAUGUGCAUUUUCCGUGUUCUGUGUUAGGAUUUUCCAUUUUUCUGAUCGCACGUAACGUUCUAUCGACCCAAAUCUUCAAUCUCUCACCUUGACCUGGGGGGUGACCAUCCUCAGUCGUUUGAAACGGACAGGGGUAGAUGAUGUAGCCCCUGUUCAGGAACAGGUCCACGACCCCCUUCUUCUUCUCCUUAAAAGAGCUGCCCUGGCUCUUUGCCUAGGUGACUGAUGAGCAGGUUGGUUCGCCUGUUCAACUUAUCGCCAUGUUAUCUUGCCUCCUGUCUGGGGAGGCCUGCUUGGUCGCCCAAUCUUGGCGGACCUCUGCCCAUUGACUCGACCGAUCCGAGGGUUGAUCUCGUCGUGUUGAUUCUCCUUUCCGUGGGAACCUGGCUUCCUGUUGCUUGUGUGUACCCCUGUUGCGGAUCCUGCCUUUGUCGAAGAGGGCCGCAUGAACGUUUCAUCUUGUCUAAGUCUUUUAUUUUUUCGUCCUUUUUUCGUUCUGAUGUAGUUACUCGUCUCGAUCGUCGUUAUUUGCAUGCGACCAUGGGUUUUGGGCCUUGCGGAUUUUGUCGUUAGGUGGUUCGGCAGGGAGCUUGGCUAGGCUUAACAUUAUAUGGUCGUUCAACGAACGAGUCCUCAUGGCUGACCCUACCUCACCCGCCAUGGCAUGUCUCAUCCUGGAACAAGAGUUUCGCUAGUUGGACACUUCUCACUAUCCCCUCGUUAUCACCGAAACGUGCUAGUGUUUUUUAACUGUAGGAAUACUACUGGGAAGUGGGUGGGCUUAUCAUGAGCUAGGUUGGGGCGGUUGGGAUUUACUCUCUGCCUUACACUCUCAGCUGUCGCCUCCCUCCUAACUGACUUGUCUUUCUUAUUCGCUGUCCUAUAGACCCUCGGUGGCUCGCAUCUUGUCAUCGUUUAGCCGGCCUGGCACGGAUAGCAUUUAUUAUUAUAGAUGUUGUUUACUCAUGUCUAGUUUGAUAGACCUACCUGCCUUACUCUGAGAGUGCUGAGCUUUGCUCACCUCAGUGGGAUGCCUGGACGACGUCCCAGUAUAAGACUCAAGGAAGAGCUGUCAGAAUUUCGACUGACCAUAUCAUCAUCAUCAUCAUCAUCAUCAUAUACCAAUAAAGCAGGCAGUCUGCUAGGUAACUUCCUUAUAUGAUAUCUGUGCCUCCUGUUAUCCGUUCGAAUAACAUUUCUUGAAUCAUUUCGUGCAAUGCUGCUGCCCUGUCCUCAGUGAGUGUCUACUCGGCAUCCAGUGCAGCUUUCUAACCAGGUGAGUCUGGGAUGAUAUCUGCCUACCGAGUACGUCAAUGGUAUUGGGAAAUUUGUCAAUAUCAUGCAUGGAUUGUUAGGCAUUGAGCAAAGAGUGUGCAUCAUGAAUAUUUUGUGAAGUCUCAUCAAGCUUCAUUUAGGCUUGUCGAACUUUUGCAAAUUUUGUAACAGAUACCCAGCGUCCAUCAGCACUGGGUGCUACCAACGGCCCUGGCAUCCCGUGAAGACCCGAAAAUCAGGUCGGAAUGCUGAUGGGGGAUGCGGUCUCUCGUUAUGAACAUUUAGGGUAACCUUUUGAUAAACCAGGUUAAGUCUUUUAGUGCAUUGAUUGGCUGGUAUCAGUGCAGUCAGUUGCACACGCACAGGAGCGGAGGUGCUCAUCUUAUAAGAAGGUGAAAUGCCAGGUGCAUUGGUUUGUUUUGAACUGGCGUCUGUAUCUCCUAUUCUUUCUUUCUCCUGAAAAGGGAUCCGUAUGUGCGCAGAUGUGUGUGUGUGUGUGUGUGUGUGUGUGUGUGUGUGUGUGUGUGUGCGCGCACACGCUUCGGGGCGGGGGGGGGGGUGAAUAUCGCUCCUGCCCUUACAGCAUGGACUAAGCAAAGGUAGUCGUAUGGUAAUGACUGCCAGUGACUUAGAUCCAUGGGUUUUCUACGUCCGAUCCAUUUGACCAGAUUUACCUGCAUCCUGGUAUGGGUGCAGAGAUUGGCCCCAUCAUCUCUUGAUGUUGGCAAGGUCUUGCUUCUGCUUACUCGAGCGAACCACCACCUCUAUACAUCUGUUUCUCAAUCAAGACCACACUGAUCA